AAGAGUUAUUAUUGAGAACGUGACAUAUAAUGAAUAAUAGAAAUGUUUACUUAGCAAAUUUAAUGAUGAUGCCAUUCCGCGGCUUUGUGGUCGCGAUUGUGUGUGUGCAUCUACAGCUACCCAAAAUGAGUGCAAAUAUGUAGACGCAAAAUGUGAACAACAUUUACAUCGAAAGGCGAAAAGCAGCAUCAGCACCUGUGUUGGCCAGACCCUAGCAACGUCAGCGCGGCAGCGGUAGUGGUCGGUUACGGUUGGCGCUCUGCUAAUAAUUUCACCAGCAACCGCUGCGACGGUGGCUCCGCUGGAAAAAAGUGUUUUGUUGUGCGUUUGGUCAGUGAGCGCGUUCGUGUACAAACAACAAAAGAAAGUGCCUGCUUGUGUGUGGGCUGUGCACACCAGCAAGUUUUUGGCAAAGCAGAAGCAACGAACUCAAACGAAAUAGUAUAAGAAUGUCAGUGUGCAAAUAUAAAAAUUAAGUGUUCGGGUUGUGCAACAAAACAAGUGCAAAAUGUUUACAAAAAAGUCCCACGCGGAUAUCAAAAAGUCUACAGCGAAGCUACAAGACUCCAAAAAGGAUUCGGCCUCCCGUCUACGGCACCUCCGCACGAUAUUAGAUAAUGUCGAUCAUGAGGAGGCAAAAUCAUUAUUCGAAACGAACUAUAGUCAUGUGUACUUCAUUCUAUAUGACACCUUCGUACAGGCCGAGACGAAUCUAAAGCAGAAAGAACUCCCGUUUCACAUUGUUCAUAAGGCCCAUCGAGAGGAAUUAGACGGAUCGCUAUGGCUCCUGGAAAAGAUCCUGUGUCUGUUGCCAGAGUUGUUGGCGCGCCGCUGGCAAUGCCAUUCACUCAGUCGCAUCAUGGCCAAGCUCCUGCAUUUGGGAAACUCGCCGAAGCUACGGCGCGAGGGUGUCAAAUAUUUUCUGCUCUGGUACCAGACGUUAGGCGAGAAAGCACCAUCCUACGUGCACGCCAUGUAUGCGGAUCUUAUUCCAGGCCUGAUAGUUCCGCAAAAAGGCGGCAUCGGGCCCGACACAGACUUUACUGCAAGCGACUUUUUAACGCACCCGAAUAUGAAAGCAGACGGUGGCAUGGCCUCCGUAUUUCAUGACAACACCUUCUCUCAUCCGGUGCAGUGCUCUGAAAUAGUGGCGCUGUUGCCACCGUCCUCCAGCGAGAGAUCUGCACCACCGGAUCCGCGGGAUGGUCUGGAAGUGCUUCUAAAUAGCAUGGUGCAGACGACUGCAUGCUUGCGAUGGCGCGACAAUCGCGCUCAGAAGGAUCAUAGGGCAUUUGCUUUCCUACUGCAAAGAUUUAAAGAAGUCUUCUUGCCAGUAUUUUCACCAAAUUUCGAAAGCAGCAUUUCAAUCUACGACCCCCGCCUCGAUAUGCCCACCAUGCGCACGAUCAACAAAAAAGAAGAGGUCAUGGCAUCGUGCGUUGUUGUGCUCAUUAAUUGGGUGUCUCGUUUCACGCAUGAGCGACUUCUUAGUCAUCGUCUAGACUGCGCACUGCACAUUGAGGAUGUGGACCAUGUACGUCUGCAAGGCUACCAACAGGGUCUGAUUGUGAGGGACGUGUUCUAUGAAACGCGUGAGAACGUUAAUUUUGUGCACGAGGUCUAUCGCCAGGCCUUUCUGCUGAAUUUUACGUCUAAACCACAAAUUGAGGCAAUUCGUACAUCUAUUGCUGUUUAUAGAGAUUGGAUGACCGGCAGCACACCGCCACCAUUUCUUUUGGAGCCGGAUGAUGCACAAAAUGCUCCUAACCAUGCCCAUGCCAAUGCCGGAGGUACUCCGCGCAGUCAGCGCCUGCGCACCCCCUCCUAUGUGGGUGCCAUACAGGGUUCCAAGGAGAAUGUGGCGGUUCGAGCUGGAAUGCAAAAUGUUCUGCAAGUGUUCGUAACGAAUGCUGCGAAUGUCUUUUUGGUUAACACUGCAAAUCUAAACAUUUGCUUUCCCACACGCUCUCGUGAUCACGACUCCAGCCCGUUGAUGGAGCAAACAGAGAUUUGCAAGAAGGUGCUAAAUGUCUAUCGCGCUAUGGUUAUGAAUACUCGUAUGGAACCUCGCACUUGGGAACAGCUGUUGCUUGUUCUGUUGCAGGUUACAUCGGUGGUGCUGCAUCAGAAUCCACCGCCCAGUGGUGCCAAAAGUCCCAAUCUAGGAGGUAUUCUCGGGUCCGCCAUAUUUCAGACACUGAUCGUAACUUGGAUACGCGCCCACACCAACGUACCGGUGAAUCCGGCCCUUUGGGAGAAAUUUCUUACAGUUCUGCAGUCGCUGACGCACCGUGAAGAAUUGAUAGUGGAGUGGAAUAAAACAAUGCAAACCCUGACACGUGUUUUUUCGCGGUAUACCUAUGGUAUAAAUUUGCUGGAUCUGCCAUUAGAUCGCGUUGCCGAAAGCAGAGGUAAGCGUCGACGUAUUGGCAGCGUUUGGCACCAGUCGGGCGUUGGUACAGGUGGGGCCACAAUUGCCCAUGGUAGUUCCUCGGCCAGGGACAAAGAACGUGACAGCAUUGCUGAAUCGAACAGCAGCCGUUCGGAUGAGACGUCUCAAGGUGGUGGGGCUGCCGCUUCUCAAUUGCAGAGCUCUAGCCGAACGCAUCAGCACUCGCAAUCGCACGGAGGCGGCGGGACUGGCCGGGCCGUGCCUCUGACGCCAAUGCUCAGUCGUAGUUACAGCGAAGGAAGCCUGGCUUCGGCAGCCCGUAACUCACGCGUGCGCCGUCGACGAAAUCAAACACCCAAGGUGGUAGCGUUACCUCCACCUCCCACAAUCCCCUCAAGUGUGGAGCACUCUUUAAACACGUUGCUUGCGCGCCCUAGCAAUGUUCUUAAGCUGGAAGCAAAUCUGAUGCGCACACACAGUAAUGCGCAGGACAUGCGACGUGCUCUGUCUUUGGAUUCGCUUGCGCCGUCCCGAAAAACACGUCGACUCCGUCGAGGAUCACAGGAUUUGGGCGAUGAGGUUGAUGGUGACUACAGGACUGACUGCGAUAAUGAAAGCGGCGGCGGUGUCGGCGGCUCACGCAGUCCUUCACCAACAGCUAGCAGCGGUAUUGAGGGGAGCUCCAUCAAGGAUGCACAUAUACAAUUGGACGUAUUGGCAGUAGAUAGUGGCAGUCUAGAGGAUGGAAAUUCUGGCAGUUAUGGAGUCAGCGGAGCCGAUCGACGUUCUAUUAUUCUAGGCGGCACAGCUACCGGUUGGCUGCCGGACUCCACGUCCAUUAUGUGGAAGCGUAUGCUGGGAGCACUGGGCGAUGUGAAUCGCAUACCAAAGCCAGAACUGCAUGCCCAAGUUUUUAAACAUUUGCUGGAGAUGACGCAGAACCUCAUCAAGAUCAAACAAAACCAGGGUAUCUCUACGGACAAUCAGAGCACACCGCCGCCUCCAAUACUUGUGCCGCCUAUCAGUAUCGUAGCGCCCUGGUGUUACGGUGCGCUUACUUUGGAUCGGUCUUUUAAGAAGGGAAAGCUCUGGGCGGUACAGCUGCUUUGUGAGCUGGCACUGCAGGGCGGCGUCAGUGGUAUGCAACAAUUGCCAGUUUUUUACCAUGCAAUGCACAAGUUGCUUACCGGAGAGGAUCGUGAUCUCAUCUAUGCUAUUCUUAAGCAUUUGCAAGGGCCGCGCCUGCUUAGUUUGCUGCUUCCGGGACACACACUGCUAUUGCUGGACAUUGUGCAUGCAAGUGCUCUUCUGCUCACAUCGCUGGAAGUAAACCGGAGUACUCCACGAGCCGAUGUUGCUGCGCUGCUCGGAUCGUUGCUGUGCUAUCCCGCUUCGUUAUUGCCGCGUCCCGUGCUACAGCCAACUCCGCAGCAAUUUACCAUUAUGGAGUGUCCCGAUCUGCAGGAUCACAUUUUAAAUAUUGUUCUACGUUGUGCCCGGAGAGAGCCUUCGGCUAAGGCCCGUUGCAUUGCGCUUUCACAGUUGGGCCAAUGGAUUUUGUUGCGUCUUUCGCAGUCCUCGCAACCCUCAGCGAAUCAGCGAGGUCCCUUUCAGCAGACAGUGCCACAUCCCAAGGGCGCGGUACCCAAGGAGGUGUCACGCAGUUUUAACCCUCGCAUUCGCGAGGCCUUGCAGGUUCUGCUCCAGGCACUACAGUUCAAGCAUCAUACCAUUGCCGUCAUUGCUGUCGACUCGCUGAAGUUGUGUGCGGAGCGUGGUCAAGAACUGGCUGCCAUCGAACGGGCUCCCCAGCUGAUUAUCACAGCGCUUUGCAAGGCUCUGGAAAUCCAGAACGUGAGCAAGCCCAAAGACGCUGACAAAGUGGUUAUGACGUCGUUAAUGUUAUGCUUGGGAGAAUACUGCAUGGCUUUUCCAAUGUCACUAAUGUUGGCCCCAAUCAAUGAGCAAGGCGAUACACUUGUGCUCCAGGUGCUGCGAGUGUUGCUGCAGGUGUCUUCUGGAGCGCCGCGACAUGAGCGUGUCAAAUUGACGGCCGACGAUGAUUUUGAUAUGCAUACAACCCACGACGAUCUACAAGGUGAUGGUCGCCUUCCUGAGGCUAGUUACCAGACAUCCGAAACAAUACAGGCAUGCAUCACUGCUAUAAGACUAUGUGCCAAGGCAGUUGCUAUGCAUUUGGUUACGCAUAUGGGUCAUUUUCCUAUGGGUAUAGGCGCUUCGCGUCUUAGCUCAAUGGUCGAGGAACAAGAUGACACCAGUAGCGUAUCAGGCGGCAGUCAAAUGGGAACUCUUGACACACGCCGUGACUCCGUAGAGCUGCCGUCAGUAGUAAAUGCUCAAAACAUGCAACUAUUUAUGCUUAAUCCAGGACUUGUCGCGAGUUUCAUUGAGCUACCUACCCUAAAGUUGCCGGGCGGAGGAAUUACUGCCGGACUUGUCACUGCCGAGAAACAGGUACGCGUGUUAAUGCGCGAUCUCAAUGGAAAGGCUUGCUGGGAUGCAUCAAUACUGUAUUCGGAACCACGGAAGCCAGAGCAACCAGUCAGUUUAGAGCGUUAUGAAGGGUCAGCGAUGGGUACAGCGAUGCAUGGUACGGCACAGCCCUUGGAUUCGAUAAUGAGCUCCAUGGUGGGUGUGGAGCAGCAAGCUCCUCGGCACACACUGCGUCAUCGUCCACCAGGUGUACUGCCACUGGCCGAAGAUAUGGCACCUGAUAUGGAUCAAUUGGAUGACAUGUUAGCCUACAUUGGAUAUACAAGUCCCGAAUGCCUGCCUCCCGGUGUGACGCAGUUGAAUGCGCCCGGCCCUAGUCCUUUAAGCAGCAGCCAGGAGGCGGAGGGAAUUUCCGUUAUACUUAAUCAACGGGCACUGGAACAGGAGUUUGUGGCUCGUGCCGCACAGCAGCCACCGCCAACAGCUUUAAGACAUGCAACUUCCAGCUCCUCCCUGCAACUACAACAACACGAUCAACGAUCGUUGCACUCAGCUUCGGCGGAUCAGCAUUCACAUGCUUCCUUUGAUUCCUACUCUGGGACUGGGACUACAGGAGGCGGCAGCCUGCCCAGCCGCAAUGAGACACCGUUUCAGUAUUGUCGUUUGCUCUUUUCUCAUCUGGGUCUUGCUGGAUGGGAGCGACGCUCUCGCACUCAUUUAUUGGAGCGCAGCGAAAAAUUGAUUCGAGAGUUGCGCAACGUAGAUUUGCAAAAGUGUCGUGAGACGCAUAAGGUUGCCGUGAUAUAUGUGGCUGCCGGCCAGGAGGACAAGAGCAGCAUAUUGCGCAACGCCAGCGGCAGUAGUAUGUACGAGAUGUUCGUAUCAGCACUGGGGUGGGAGAUUGAUCUGGAAACGCAUAAUGGCUUUCUGGGUGGUCUGCCCCGCCAAGGUUGUGGUGCCACAGCCCCUUACUAUGCCACGCCCUUUUUGGAGGUUAUCUACCAUGUGGCCACACGAAUGCCCUCGGACUCAGAGGCGCUGUUGCUGAAGACGCGUCAUCUCGGCAAUGAUGAAGUGCACAUUGUGUGGAGCGAACAUCAUCGCGAUUACAGGCGUGACAUCCUUCCAACAGAGUUCUGUGAUGUGCUUAUUGUUGUGUAUCCAUUGAGGAAUGGCUUGUUCCGCGUGACAGUCAAUCGAAAGCCAGAGGUACCCUGGUUUGGACCGCUGGCCAACGAAAGCGUUCUGAGUGGCACAUGCCUUGCCACGCUUGUACGUGCUACAGCUAUUAACGCGAGUCGGACCAAACGCGCUGCUUUACCGCUGUAUCAGCAAUAUUACGAGGAACGCAAUCGCUCGCUGGACAGCGUGUCGUCGCGUUACAAGGAGAGCACCACAUUUGAGGACUUUGCCAGUCGCAUUUACAAUCCCAUGCCAUUGUCUACGCUGGACACUCUGCAUGAAUCCGGCGAUAGUAGUAGUGCUACUACACUAGCCGCUGCGCUUGUUGACCAUAAUCGAUCCUCCAUCAAAGGCUGGGUGCAGGCAUCCAUUGACUCUACCUAUAAGGAUGUACCGCUUGGUAUAGUGCCAUCCGCCUCGGCUGGCUCCACGGCGGCCAUGGAAGCUAGUACUUUGGCUUCGGCAUCUCCACGCGGUUCACGAAAGUCGGGUUCCACCUUCAAAAUUGCCCCUAAAAAGCAUUCGUUGCAGCAAAGCGGCAGCAGCACUCCACCAGAGAGUCCCACGUUCCCGAUGCGGCGUUUUAAAUAAGGUCUCAUGCUUUCAAACUAGCCUCGACUUGGUCUCUCCCCACUAACUGCACUCAUUCCCCAUUUGUCGCCAAUAUGAAAACCCAGGGCAGGGCUUCGCGUGAUGGCCCAGGGCUGCAGUUGCUGCGAGCAACGACGCAGAGAUCUGUCACAAAUGUCAAAAGUAUUGCUAAAAGUUUUGCUCUUACCUUAAAUUAUUUGUAUUCUCUAAUUUAUUUUUAUGUAUUUAUUGGUCGAACGUUUCUUUUUUAAAUGAUGCCUUCACUGUUUUUCUCUCGUA